CUACAGCCAGUUCUGUGCAGUCCUCCGUCGCGAGUGGUUGGUUUCCUCCCGAGAACCUUCGUCCUUUUGCCACCGGCAAAGAUUAUCACGUGCAUUUCACAGUUCGUGCUGUCAACAGGCGCGCGCGCUCUCAAUUACUGUUCCAAAGUUUAUUUUUCGAUGUUCGGGAAAAAGUUUGCUCACAGUCCGCAGCACACACGUUAAACGCCGAGUAAUUUGGUUCAGAUUUAUUACGUUAAUUAAGACCGCCUGUGCCGAGCAUAAUGUGUGAAUUUACAGCGAGAAGUUGACGAUAAGCGAUCCCACGGAAAAGUGCAAAAUCUCGUUAAAAUAUACCCCAAACACUCAUAAAGUGUGUCGAUGUAGGAGCAAGUUGCGCCUUUUAUGUGUGGGAGAAAAAAAAGCAUUAAACAGAGAUUUUAUCGUCGUUAUUACGUGCUUCUUCGGUCCCAAACCGCGUUUCAGGAGCCAACUCGCGGCAGCCGCAAAUUUCGUAUUUAAAGCGUGAUUCUGCGGCGAAAGGAAAGUGCCGGACCAGCGGAGGCAUCAAUUAUUAACCCUCGUCCCCGUCGUUAGUGUGGCCGUCAGGAAGUUUGUUUGUACGAAGGACUAGGACUAGUCACGGCACGUGUCACACGAUGCUUCGCUUUGGAUUACUGAAGUACAAGAAAUUGAAUAACGUCGUUGGGUCUUCCUCGAUGGAACCGGAACGGGCCAGUUUGGCACACAGUGGGGAUAAUAAUGGUGGCAAUCAGACGCGUGCAGGGACGCCACAGGCGACAACACCUGUGCGCCAGCAUCACCACCAGAUCCACAAUCAGUUGAAUGGGAGCAUCAUGAAAAAUACUAAUUCGCUCGCCAUGGACUCACCAACUAAAAGCAUCCACAAAGGGAAGUUCCCGACGGAGGGAUCAAACGAAGAGAGGCAAGAAUCUACCAGGUCACGUUCCAGUGCACUAGCCACUCCAUCGCCCACCGGUAAUUACAAACCACUCGGUUCGGAGCAGCUCACGCCUCGGAAGCAGCGCCCAGCCGCCCUCAACUGCAAGGCUCGCAUCUACAAGUGUAUCAAGCGACUGUUGAAAAGGAACAACUUCCCAAAUGAGCAGCAGCAGCAGCAGAAAGUUCAACAUCAACAGCAGCAGGUGCAAGGAAAAUCCAAAGUUGAUUACAAAGAGAUUAAAAGUUUGCUCGAGAAGGAAAAAUGCUCGCUCGAGUAUGACGUCAACCUGGCGAAAUGUGUGGAUAAACCAGCGCUGAUCAAGAAAAUCGCAUUGAAUUUACUGAAAUCAGCGGAAGGAUCAUCGGAAGAUUGCUCCCUAGUUAUCGCCCCCGAGCGUCUCUCGGAGACGACGUCGGUGCAGAGCGGUCUCGAGCAGGCAUCCGAGUACGAGCGCCUCUGCAGUGAAUCCUGGUACCACGAGAACCUACCCCGGGAGCUGUCACUAGAUUUGCUCGCUCACGAAACGCCGGGGGCAUUCAUCGUGCGCAAAAGUGCCACCCAGCGGGACUGCUACGCCCUGUCGCUGCGCGUUCCCCCUCCCGGACCAAAGAUCGCCCACUAUCUGAUCAUCCGAACCGUCUCCGAGGGCUAUCAGAUCAAAGGCUUCCACAAAGAAUUCACCUCGCUGCGAGCCCUCAUCGUUCACCAUUCCGUCAUGCCGGAAGCCCUUCCGGUUCCGCUGGCCGUCCCGAGACCGGCCAAUCUGGCUGUGAAAACCAAAUGCGAAGAUGAUUACGACACCGUCUACGAUCUGUCGGAAACCGCACUGGCGUAAUCACGUGCAUCCAAAAAAAAACCCUCUAACUGUAUGUUAAGGAACCUUUACCAAAAUCCCAAUUGUUACCUAUAUCGUGUAAGCUAUUAUUAUCUAUACAUAGACAAAUAUAAAUUAUUUAAAAGAAAUUUA